GAUCUUGUUUGUUUCUGUGUUCAGACAUGGUUAUGGUUUGGUCUUGAUUUUUUUUCUUUCUUUGUUUUUUUGAGACAGGGUCUCACCCUGGUUGCCCAGGCUGGAGUGCAGUGGCGCAAUCUCAGCUCACUGCAGCCUCAACCUCCCAGGCUCAGGUGAUUCUCCCAGCUCAGCCUGUCAAGCAGCUGCGAUUAUAGGUGCACGGCCCCACGCCCAGCUAAUUUUUUGUAUUUUUAGUAGAGAUGAGGUUUCGCUGUGUUGCCCAGGCUAUUGACUUUUUUCUUGAUCCUUUACUGUCGCAGUGUGGCCUUGCCCAGGUUGGUGCUCUGUGAAAUUAUCUAUGUGCAGUUGAACUCCAUGGCCUCACUGUGUGCCAGGCCAACUCCCAGCUGUUAGGGGCUGUUUUUCUUUUUCUUCCACGGAAAACUACCCGGCCCCUUGUUGGUUUCCUGGCCUUCUCUCUCACCCCUUCUAGAGUCAUUUUCCUUCCACAGUGACAUUCUUUACCUUGUUUUUAUUGAAGAAUAACAUACGUCCAGUGACAGGCCUGAGUCAGUGAUUCUCUAUGUAUCUGUACACACAUGCGGCUGUCACCUAGAUGAAGAUCGUGGGGGCUCCUCCCUGUUGCUUCUUCUGGGGCGAUGCCCUCCCAAAGGGAACAUGCGUUCUGAUUUCUAUCACCACUGGUUAGUUUUGUCUGUUCUGGAACUUCAUAUAAAUUGAGUUACACAGUAUGUUUUUUGUUGUUGUUGUUGUUUAAGGCUUUCUAAACUCAACACCAAGUUUUUUCUUUUUUUAAAUAAAAUGAGAUGGGAUUUCACUAUGUUGCACAGGCUGGUCUCAAAACCCCUAGGUUCAAGUGAUCCUCCCACCUUGGUCUCUCAAAGUGCUGGGAUUACAGGUGUGAGCCACUGUGCCUGGUCCCAACACAAAGUUUUUGAGAUAUGUUGCUGCAUAUAUCAGGUGUUGGAUCUUUUCCAUUGCUGUGUAGUAUUCCAUUGGCCGAAUCAACCACUGUCUUUUGCCAUUCACUUCUUUUUCUUUUUCCUUUUUUAAAAUCAUAUAUCCUACUUUCAGAUCCAUUACUUUUUAAAAAUUUUUAAAUUUUUAAAUUUUUUUUUGAGACAGGGUCUCACUCUGUUGCCCAGGCUGGAGUGCGGUGGCGUGAUCUCAGCUCACUGCAACCUCCACCUCCUGGGCUCAAGUGAUUCUCCUGCCCUACCCUUCCGAGUAGCUGGGACAGCAGGUGCACAGCACUGCACCUGGCUAAUUUUUUAAAAAAUUUAUUAUAUUUUUUAAUAGAGAUGAGGUUUCGCCAUGUUGCCCAGGCUGGUCUCGAACUCCUGAUCUCAAGUGAUCCACCCGCCUCGGUCUCCCAAAGUGCUGGGAUUACAGGCAUGAGCCACCGCGCCCGGCCUCCAUUUACUUCUUGAUGGCUAGCUGCACUAUUUCUCAGGUUGAUCAUAUUAGGAAGCAAAUCUAUUAUGUCUUCCAGCUCAUUUAGACCCUCUUAAAGAUUCUCUACUGUUCUCAAAAUUAAUCCAAAUCUCUUAUCGGGGCCUCUAAUGCCCUGAGUGUCUCGGCCUCUGCCUGACUCUUUCAUCUCAGUUCCUGCCCUUCUCUCAUGGACUUCUGAGCUCAGGAGCACUGCUCUCCUUUCCAUGUUUGAAUGGUCCAUCCUACCUCCCACCUCCAGGUGCUCCCACGUGCUGUUCCCUCUGCUUGUAAAGGGCUGUGUCCCUCUCUUGACCUGCUCUAGCUGGCUACAUCCUGCAUGCCCUUGAGGUUGCAUCUCAGAUAACCUCAAGGAAGCCCUCACCGACCAGCCCCCACUUCUAGACUGCACAUCUCCUUGUAUCACUACACUUUUUCCUUUAGUGUCUUAGUCUCUGUGGUAAACACCAAUUUGUAUGAUUAUUUGAUUAGCAUCUGUCUCCCCCAUCAGACUGUGAGCUCUGCCAGGACAGGCGCUGGUUCUGUCUUCAUCUCCAGCAUUACCUAGACCAAAGCCGGGCACACGGUAGAUGCUCAUUUAACAGUUACCGAACACUGAAUGUCGAGUAGCCCCAGCCUGUCUUUAAGCCCCACUACUCUCUCACCCCAAACACACACAGACUUUCUCCCGCGAGCUGUCAGGGAACCUCAGCUCCCACCCUUUCCCUCCUUGGCAACUUCACAGGGCAGGGACCGCUCUCCCUGUGGAUGACGCGCCUAGGGGCGGGGACCCGCCCCACAGCCGACGCUGAGUUGGCCCGGUUGGGCAAGGCUGGGGUUGCCUGGGGCGAGGUUACUCAUCCUGGGCUCAGGUAAGAGGGCCUGAGCUGGGAGGCGGCACACCCAGGGGGGACGCCAAGGGAGCAGGACGGAGCCAUGGACCCCACCAGGAAAGCAGGUGCCCAGGCCGUGAUCUGGACCGCAGACUGGCUGCUGCUGCUGCUGCUGCUGCUACUUCGCGGAGGAGCGCAGGCCCUGGAGUGCUACAGCUGCGUGCAGAAAGCAGAUGACGGAUGCUCCCCGAACAAGAUGAAGACAGUGAAGUGCGCGCCGGGCGUGGACGUCUGCACCGAGGCCGUGGGGGCGGUGGAGACCAUCCACGGACAAUUCUCGCUGGCAGUGCGGGGUUGCGGUUCGGGACUCCCCGGCAAGAAUGACCGCGGCCUGGAUCUUCACGGGCUUCUGGCAUUCAUCCAGCUGCAGCAAUGCGCUCAGGAUCGCUGCAACGCCAAGCUCAACCUCACCUCGCGGGCGCUCGACCCGGCAGGUAACGAGAGUGCAUACCCGCCCAACGGCGUGGAGUGCUACAGCUGUGUGGGCCUGAGCCGGGAGGCGUGCCAGGGUACAUCGCCGCCGGUCGUGAGCUGCUACAACGCCAGCGAUCAUGUCUACAAGGGCUGCUUCGACGGCAACGUCACCUUGACGGCAGCUAAUGUGACCGUGUCCUUGCCUGUCCGGGGCUGUGUCCAGGAUGAAUUCUGCACUCGGGAUGGAGUAACAGGUCCAGGGUUCACGCUCAGUGGCUCCUGUUGCCAGGGGUCCCGCUGUAACUCUGACCUCCGCAACAAGACCUACUUCUCCCCUCAAAUCCCACCCCUUGUCCGGCUGCCCGCUCCAGAGCCCACGACUGUGGCCUCAACCAUAUCUGUGGCCUCAACCACGUCUGUCACCACUUCUACCUCGGCCCCAGUGAGACCCACAUCCACCAGCAAACCCAUGCCAGCCCCAACCAGUCAGACUCCGAGACAGGAAGUAGAACACGAGGCCUCCCGGGAUGAGGAGCCCAGGUUGACUGGAGGCGCCGCUGGCCACCAGGACCGCAGCAAUUCGGGGCAGUAUCCUGCAAAAGGGAGGCCCCAGCAGCCCCAUAAUAAAGGCUGUGUGGCUCCCAUGGCUGGAUUGGCAGCCCUUCUGUUGGCCGUGGCUGCUGGUGUCCUGCUGUGAGCUUCUCCACCUGGAAAUUUCCCUCUCACUUACUUCUCUGGCCCUGGGUACCCCUCUUCUCAUCACUUCCUGUUCCCACGACUGGACUGGGCUGGCCCAGCCCCUGUUUUUCCAACAUUCCCCAGUAUCCCCAGCUUCUGCUGCGCUGGUUUGCGGCUUUGGGAAAUAAAAUACUGUUGUAUAUAUCCUGCCAGGGGUGUUCCAGCUUUUUGAGGACAGCACCUGUAUCCUUCUCAUCCUUGUCUCUCCGCUUGUCCUCUUGUGAUGUUAGGACAGAGUGAGAGAAGUCAGCUGUCACAGGGAAGGUGAGAGAGAGGAUGCUGAGCUUCCUACUCACUUUCUCCUAGCCAGCCUGGACUUUGGAGUGUGGGGUGGGUGGGACAAUGGCUCCCCACUCUAAGCACUGCCUCCCCUACUCCCCCCAUCUUUGGGGAAUCGGGGGGAAGACAUAUUCCCCAUAUGUCUUCCUUACUAGACUGUGAGCUCCUCGAGGGCAGGGACCGUGCCUUACGCCUGUGUGUGAUCAGUUUCUGGCACAUAAAUGCCUCAAUAAAGAUUUAAUUACUUUGUAUAGUGCUUUAAA